AUGAAAUGCAGGCCAAGCCUUGAUGGCGGCAGAUGCGACCGAUGCACACGGAAGAGCCUGACGUGUGUCUUUGAGAAACAUAAACGAGGCCGCAAACCGGGCGUGAGACUCGCCCGGCCCUCAUCAAGUGCCUUCCACAACACAUCCGAGCCCGUCGACCGGAUCAGCUUGUCGCGAGACGAGUUCGAGGACCGUCCAGACGAAGCAUCUUCGGCCCAGCCUGACUCGCGGCUUUGGUCCGAAGGUCUGCAGCCGUCGAGAUUGCUGAAUGACGGUGCUAUGAACGGAAGCUUCUCCCUACAGAACAUUCUGAGCGCCAUAAAAAGCUCCUCCUCGCGAGCGGAAGCCGGUCCGGACAAGACGCCGGUCGAAGCAGAUCUGGUGCUUGACGAUGAUCCCAUCCAGCAUGGGAUCGUCAACAUGGCCAUUGCGCGAUCAUUAUUCGAAAGCUUCAUGAACAAAUUAAAUCCUUUCAUCAAUCAAUUUGAUCCUGUCCUCCACACGUUCGCAUAUAUCCGACGACGCUCUCCAUUCCUGAUGAGUUCCAUUCUUGCCGCGGCGGCCAAGGCAUUCAACCCGUCGCUGCAUCUCGACCUGCGCGCCCACACGGAAACCUUGAUGGCGCGAAGCUUCAGCAAAGGGGUCAAAUCGAUCGAGGCGGUGCAGGCCAUCAUGGUUUCCACCUACUGGAAGGAGCCAGACGACAGUAGAGCCUGGCUUUCCAUCGGAUACGCGAUCCGGAUCUGCUUCGAACUAGGAUGGCACAAUCUGGGUACGGAUGCCUUCAACGGGCCCAAUUCCCAGACGGAGCUGGAAAGGCGGGAAGUCCGCAGCAUGGAGAGGACCUGGCUUGUUCUCUUUGUAUAUGAUCGGAGUAUCAGCCUCCAGAUGGGGAAGCCAUGGAUGAUCGAUCAGACCGCGCUCAUCGAGUCCGUGGCCAGCUGGCAUAAGCACGACCUGGCAGUGCCUAGCAACGACGUCCUACUGUGCGCCUUUGUUUCCCUCCGUCUCGUGGGCACGAGAACGAUCGACUAUUUCAACCUUCACCGCCAACCUCGUUCUAGGAAUAUUCUCUCGGCCAUUCAAACCACGCCCAGAUUGCUGAACAGGGAUAUAGACCACUGGCAGAAGGACUGGCUGGCACUAUUCGAUGGCAUGGACUAUGUGGAGCCAUGCCAUCGAUUUCUGGUCCGAUUCUACGGCACACACCUGCGACUGGUAUCCUCUUCGGUUCCGCUCUUUAUCUGUCUGGAUGCCGGGGAUACCGAAGGGACGACCGCCAGGCAGGCCAUCUGGGCCUGCUUCACCACCGCCACCGAGAUGUUGGCGUUGGUGGCCGACAGUGAAAUCUCGCAUCUUUUAUAUUUUGCACAAGAUUCCAUCCAUGUCAUGACGGCGUACGCUGCGGUGCUUCUGAUCAAGCUACUGCUAUCUCUACCACCCUAUCUGAGCGAGAAUUUCGAGGAGACUUCGAUGACGGCGAUUCAGAUCGCAGCCGAGUCAUUUGCGAAGCAAGGUGCACCCCCGAAGAAUGGCUGCGCCUUGCAAGCCAACUUUCUGAAGAACGUGGUCAAAGAGUACGAGAAGGCCAAGGACGCAGUCAAAGGCCUCCCAUCGGCAGGUCAACGUCCGCAGCUUGCGACACCCACGAGGCUGAUACGUGCUGCUGAGGCACAGACGCCGUCCGGUCUUACCCAGGAUGGGCCCAUCGCACUUCGUGACAGUGGGAUUGUCGAGCCGGACCGGAACCACCAGCAGAACCACCCGAGUCAAGCUCGAGUCGGUGACCACAUAUUUACCGACGAUGAGACGUGGGAGGCGCUCUUUGCUCAGGCUGGCUUCAGCAUCAAUGAAGAGACCUUUUUGCAGGAGCCCAUGAAUGACAAUAUCUGA